AUGGCCUACGCGGUGCUCGGCGCGACUGGGAACUGCGGCACGGCGUUGAUCCAAACCCUACUCGGCACCAGCAGCACCAACCAGGUGCACGCCUACUGUCGCAACAAGCCCAAGCUGCAGCAGCAGCUGCCCGAACUUGUCGCCGACCCGCGCGUCACCAUCUUUGAGGGUAGCAUCCAUGAGGUUGCACUCAUGACGGCGUGCAUCCGCGGGUGCCACGCCGUCUUCCUGGCUGUGUCGACCAACGACAACGUGCCCCAGUGCCGCAUGGGAACCGAGGCGGCCACCACCGUCCUCCAGGCAUUGCGCAUCCUGCACACGGAGCAGGCGGCCCUACCCAAACUGGUGCUCCUCUCGUCGGCGACGCUGGACGACCAGCUCAGCCAGAACACGGCGCCAUGGGUGCGCUGGAUCCUGCUGCGGUCGGCCUCGCACGUCUACGCGGACCUGCGGCGCGUGGAGACGCUGCUACGGGCGCAGCAGGACUGGGGGGUGACCACCAUCUUCAUCAAACCGGGCGGGCUGUCGGUGGACGAGGUGCGGCGCGGCCACCGGCUGAGCCUGACCGAGGAAAAAAGCCCGCUGUCGUAUCUGGACCUCGCUGCGGCGAUGAUUGAGGCGGCGGAUGAGCCGGACGGCCGCUAUGACAUGCGCAACGUGGGGGUCGCCUACGCCGAGGGGGGGCCCGCGCGCUUCCCCCGCGGCGCCCCCCUGUGCAUCUCCAUGGGGCUCGUGCGCCAUUACUUGCCGUUCCUCCAUCCCUAUCUUCCCGCCACGGGACCUAUUUAG